AUGCUUAUGUUGAAGGGCCUACGCCAGGCCCUACUACCUGGAAUCCGUUUUGCAUCAACAGCACUGGAACCCAACUACUAUCAGGUUCUCGAACUUUCCCGAAAUGCUUCGAUCAAAGAUAUCAAGGCUCAGUUCAGGAAGCUCUCCAAGAAGUACCAUCCAGAUCUCAAUUCCCAUUUGAGCGAGGAGGAGCGGGAGGAAAACAAUAAGAAGUACGUCUUGAUGCUGCUGGCGUACGACACAUUGAAGGAUGUCAAGGCAAAGAGAGAAUAUGACGCCUCCCUCGGACUUCGAAAGAACCAACAAUCCCACAGCAAUCCGAACCACAGUGACUGGCAGAACAAGUACUACGGCGAAGCCAAGUACUACUCCAAGGGAAGAGCUUCAGGAAGCUAUUUUUCCAAGGGAUACUCCAGCAAAAGGCAUAGGGUGCACAAUUUCUAUGACGGCUCCGGUGGAGAAAGCACCCAAAGUACCUUUAACGGAUCACACAAGAACUACGGAGACCGCUACAGCGUUCCUCACUUCAACUACAACGAGCAUUUAGCAAAACACCUCAAGUUCGAGCAGCGCAUUAUAGAGAAGCUGUUGACCCCAGAGGUGAGGGAUGCUAUCAUUCGACAACUAAAACGCGAUGGAGAUAUCUCCAACGUCAGCGAAGAACUCAUUACCAAGCAUCUAAUGCGCCAGGCCCAUGGCAAUACCAAUCUGGAUAAAACGGUUUCACCAAACACCUCAAACCCAUACAUGUACCAGGGACCUCAAAAUGGAGGUUAUCACGAGGAGCUGAAUUUCGGCAAAACCGCAGCCAUUGUCAUUGGCGGGCUUGGCUCCAUUUACCUACUAUACAACGCCAUAGCCUAA